AUGAAGAAGAAAGCUCAAAUUGACUCCAAGACCCUCAACACAAUUCAAUGUGGUCUGACGAAGGAGGAGCUGAACCGUGUCAGACCACCUGAGAACGCAAAGAAGUUGUGGGACAAGUUCUUAGAACUACACGAAGGGACCAGUGACGAACCAAAUCCCACCAACUACCUAGCGCUGAUGGCAUACGAACCAGAAUCAGAAAGUGAAUCAAAAGACGAGUCUGAACCUGAAUCAAGUCAUGAGUCCAUACUUAGUCGAAAUCAAUCACAGUCUGAGGAUUCUUGUCUGCUUAAUACUGAUAGAGGAGUAGGUGAGUUCCUUCUCGUCUUCCUCACUGAUCAUAGUUUAGUUGAAAUCUAUGCAUUUCUUCAUUUCUUUCUUAAUUUUUUUGAAAUCAAAGAUCAUGAUGGAGGAGUUAUACUGAUUAAGGGUGUGAUCUUUGUGCAAGGUACGACGACAACAACUGCAACAAAUAAUUUCUCUGAUGGAAACAAACUGGGAGAAGGGGGAUUUGGUGUUGUUUACAAGGGUCAAUUGGAAGAUGGACAAAGGAUUGCGGUAAAGAAAUUGUCCAGAAACUCCUCACAAGGUCCAAAUGAGUUCCAAAAUGAACUCUUGAUAAUAGCCAAGUUACAACAUAGAAACCUUGUUCGUCUUUUGGGUUGUUGUAUCGAAGGCACUGACAGGCUUAUUGUUCUUGAAUACAUGGAAAAUAAGAGCUUAGAUGCCUAA